GCAGCUGGCACCCGUGGCCCGAGCCCCCGCAUGGGACUAGCCCCCCGCGCUCCCUAUGGGGCUGGCAGCAGAGCCGUGCGGUCCGCAACCUGAGCUGCAUGUGGCCCACGUUGGCGCUCGCGGAUAUGGUCCCGUGCCUGGCUCCGCGCGCAGCCACUCGUGCCUGAUCCAGCCCAAGACUCGCUAGCAGCAGCAGCGCCAGCUCCUGCAGCUCCGACCUCCCUGCAACGUGGGGGCUGCCACGUGGGGGCUACUAUGCAGCUUGGACUCUUUGUGGCGGUGCUGUUUCUGAACUUCAUGGAUCUGGCGGGCAGCAGCAAAGUGCUGAAGGGCAAGAGGCAAAGGCGAAUUAGCACCGAGCUUAGCCAGGGCUGCGCACGAGGCUGCGACCUGUGCUCCGAGUUCAAUGGGUGCCUACGAUGUUCCCCCAAGCUCUUCAUCCUGCUGGAGAGAAACGACAUCCGCCAGAUUGGCAUCUGCCUGCCCUCCUGUCCGCUGGGGUACUUUGGCCUUCGCAAUACAGACAUGAACAAGUGCAUCAAAUGCAAAAUCGAGAACUGUGAGUCCUGCUUCAGUCGAAACUUUUGCACAAAGUGUAAGGAAGGUUUGUAUUUGCACAAAGGGAGAUGCUAUGUCACCUGCCCCGAAGGCUACUCCGCAACUAAUGGCACCAUGGAAUGCAGCAGUCCCGCGCAAUGUGAGAUGAGCGAGUGGGGGCCCUGGGGCCCCUGCUCCAAGAAAAGGAAGCUCUGUGGCUUCAAGAAGGGCAACGAGGACCGGACGCGGAGGAUCUUGCAGGCGCCGUCUGGGGAUGCUUCGCUGUGCCCGGCCACCACCGAGGUGCGCAGGUGCACAGUGCAGAAGAGCCAGUGCCCCGAAGGGAAAAGAAAGAGGAAAGAGGAGCAAGGAAAGCAAGACAACGUGAAUGGGAACAGAAACCGGAAAGACACCAAAGAUGCCAAGUCUGGCCCCAAGAAGAGGAAGAGCAAGCAGAGAGGGGCCGUGGUCCCCACGACGCCGGCCAGCCCUGUCCAGUAGCCGCCGUCCCGUCACUGGACACCAGACUUGGUUGC